AUGGCAAUGGAAGUUGAAGUUGAAGAGAAGAAAGAUGAUUUGGGCGAUAUUGUAAUUUCACCUCUUGGGUUGUUCCCACGCCCUUGGGUUGAAUCUUCUUGUGAUGGUAAAGUGAUUGAGCAUUUCUGGCUUUUUGGUUGUGUAAUGGCGAAAGCUCUUCAAGAUGGGAGGCUUUUGGACAUGCCUCUUUCUACUGCUUUCUACAAGCUUGUUCUUGGACAAGAGCUUGAUUUACAUGAUGUUUCUUCUUUUGAUGCUGAACUUGGGAAGACAUUGCAAGAAUUGCAAGCGAUUGUUUGUCGGAAAAAAUACCUGGAGUCAACACCUAGGCAUGAUUGCAAUGCAAUACUUGACUUAAAUUUCCGAGGUGCUCCUGUUGAAGAUCUUUGUUUGGACUUCACACUUCCUGGAUUUCCUGAUUACAUUUUGAGACCUGGCAAUGAAGAUGUCAGCAUAGACAAUUUGGAAGAGUACAUUUCCCUUGUAGUUGCUGCUACUGUCAAGACAGGUAUCACAGACAAAUGGAAGCAUUCAGAGCUGGUCUUUGACAUUACGGCUUUGCAAAUAUUCACCCCAAAUGAAUUAGAUCAUUUACUUUGUGGCCAACGAGAGUUGUGGGAGGCUGACAAACUUGUGGACCACAUAAAAUUCGAUCACGGAUAUACUUCCAAGAGCCCUGCAAUAGUCAACUUGCUUGAGAUAAUGGAGAGUUCACUCCCGAACAGCAAAGGGCAUUUUUUGACCAUUGUGAGAAAGCACUCUUCAACAAGCAGUAAUGUGACAUCGAGUGCGGGUGGCGCGUCGGAAUCUGCAGAUGAUGACUUGCCAAGUGUCAUGACAUGUGCUAAUUACUUGAAGCUUCCUGCUUAUUCCACCAAGGAAAUUAUGUACAAGCAACUGGUGUAUGCUAUCACUUUUGGAAUUUGGAAUCAUUUCUUAACUGCAAUAAAAGUUUCUCCAGGCGCCCUCCCGGACUCUCAAUCUCAAGUUAUAUGUGGAUGUGGUGAUUUGAUCCGAUGGUUUGUUUGGUUUCUACAGAAUUUGUUUUGUAAAUAGCAACUAGCAAAACAUCGUAUUAUUUGUCUCUCUUAUAAGUCUUAUAUCUCUAAUCGCUACUUCUGUUUACAUGGUUCCUUACGC